AUCAAAUCCCAACAGAGCGAAGUAACCAGAAUCCUUGAUGGGAAAAACAUCAAGUACGAGCUGGUGGAUAUCUCCCAGGACAACGCUCUCCGGGAGGAGAUGAGGGCGAAGGCAGGCAACCCCAAAGCCAUCCCACCCCAGAUUGUCAACGGAGACCACUACUGCGGGGAUUACGAGCUCUUUGUGGAAGCAGUGGAACAAAACACCCUGCAGGAGUUCCUGAAGUUGGCCUGAGCCCCGGGCUCCCCUCCCAUCCUGGACUCUACCUGCAUUCCUGAGCACCCUCAUCUUCCGACCACCUUCACUUCCAGGUUGUCAGCGCUGUCCUGGCACCACGACCUGCAUCCCAGCACAGGGAAACCCACGACCAAAACUACUCCUUGCCGCUGCCUACAACUUCCUCCUGCCUAACCCUGAUAUCAUCUCAGAGGGAUCCAAAGAAAGUCUGACGCUCGCUGCGCAUGGCCUUUGAACAAAGCUGGGCCUGGCUCACACCGCAGCUUCCAGUGCCUCUGUAAACAGCAAAGUCUCCGGGGCUGUGGGAAGUGCAGCCGUCCGUCAGCCCUCUCCUCUGCAGGGAGAGCUUCUGCUUCAGGAGGGAAGGGCUUAGGGUUGGAUGUUACUUCCCACUUCCCCCAGCUGCUGUUAAAAUUGUAAAUCCUGCUGCCUCACUUCCUUUUUUUU